GCAUACUUGCAGUUGCAGCAGAACAAGAGAGGAGAGAGAGAGAGAGAGAGAGAGAGAGAGGCAGAAGAAGUAGAGGCAGAGAUCUAGAAUUCAGCUGAUUUCAGUGCAUUCUCUCUGCGUGUGUGUACAGUAGGAGAGAGAGAGAGAGAGAGAGAGAGAGAGAGAGAGAGAGAGAGAGAGAGAUCAGAAUCAGAUCGAAGAAGAAGAGGCAGAAAUCGAGAAUUCAGCUGCUUUUCAUUGCAUUCUCUCUGCGUGUGUAUAUAUAUAGUAUACGUGCAUAUACGGGGGGUAUAAUAAUGGGGACAGCACUAGCGCCAGGUUUGUCCCGGAAGCUGAAGAAGGUGCUGGAGACGAGGACGGACACGCCUGAUCUGCUGGCGUCGCUCAACACUCUAUCCUCGUUCUACACCGACAACAACCCCCACGCCCGACGAAACCUCCGAUCGACCAUCGAGAAGCGAUCCCUCUCCAUCAACCACGAGUUCCUCCUCGCCUCCAACGCCGCCCAACAGGCUCUGGAUCGGGUUGAGGAGGAGGUCAAUGCGCUGGCCGAUUGCUGUGACAAGAUUGCAAAGGCUUUGAACAGUUGUAAUGCUACAACGGGAGAUAUAAUCAGUACAACAGAGAGGCUAAAACAGGAACUUGAAAUUACUACACAAAGACAGGAGAUUGUCUCUUGCUUCCUUCGUGAUUAUCAGCUUUCUAAUGAAGAGAUAAAUGCUCUAAGGGAGGAAGACCUGAAUGAAAAUUUCUUUAAGGCUCUUUCUCAUGUCCAAGAAAUUCAUGCCAACUGCAAAGUAUUGCUCCGGACCCAUCAUCAGCGUGCAGGUUUGGAACUCAUGGACAUGAUGGCUGUGUACCAAGAAGGAGCCUAUGAGCGCCUGUGCAGGUGGGUUCAGGCAGAAUGUAGGAGACUCGGUGACACUGAUAACCCAGAAGUCAAUGAACUUUUGAAAAUGGCAGUUCGCUGCCUCAAGGAAAGGCCUGUCCUUUUCAAGUAUUGCGCAGAAGAGGUUGCAAAUAUGAGGCAUAACGCUUUAUUUAGAAGGUUUAUAAGUGCUCUUACUCGUGGAGGACCUGGAGGACUGCCUAGACCCAUUGAAGUGCAUGCUCAUGAUCCGUUACGUUAUGUUGGUGACAUGCUUGGGUGGCUACAUCAGGCCUUGGCAUCUGAAAGAGAACUUGUCCUUGUGUUGUUAGAUCCGGAUGCUGUGGUUGAUACUGGCCCGACUGCACGCCGAUUCUCCAAAACCUUAGAGACCGAAUCAGGAAAGACAGAAACUGACUUGAUGUUUGUUCUAGACAGGAUCUUUGAAGGAGUUUGCCGACCAUUUAAAGUUAGAGUUGAACAAGUUUUGCAGUCACAGCCCAGUAUCAUGAUAUCAUACAAACUCACCUACACCCUGGAGUUUUAUAGUUAUACUAUAUCAGAUUUGUUGGGGAGAGAAACAGCCCUUUGUAACACCCUUUGGGCACUGAAGGAUGCAGCUCAGAAAACAUUCUUCGACAUUCUGAAGACUCGAGGAGAGAAGCUUUUACGAUAUCCUCCACUUGUUUCGGUUGAUCUUUCUCCUCCACCAGCAGUGAGGGAAGGAGUGUCGGUGUUGCUUGAAAUCAUUCAGAAUCAUGACAGCAUGAUGGUUCCUGCAUCAGGAAAGAAGCCUGUCUUUGAUCCGGUGAUAGCUGCCUUACUUGAUCCUAUUAUUCAGAUGUGUGAACAAGCAGCAGAGGCACACAAGUCCAAAGGAGCCAUUCAGUUGUCUAGAAGAAGUAGAACAAGUUCUGACCCAGGCCAAUUGACUAAAUCCUCUGUUGAUGCAAUUUUGUCGAACAACGGCUCGGCAGCUACAUCUCAGACUAAUGAAACACCCUCCAAGAUUUUCCUCAUCAACUGCUUGUGUGCCAUCCAACAACCCCUACUCCGACAUGAAGUUGCAUCCGAGUAUGUGAAAAAACUCGGAACAAUGAUUGAUAACCAGAUGAACGGUCUUGUGGACAAAGAAGUCGACGCCAUUCUUAGAAGAUGUGAUUUGUUGAACAAGAUGCCGCGCUUCCUCAACUCAUUGAACGGUCAGGAGAAAAUCCCAUUGGCAGAGAGAGAGGAAACGUCUCCAUCCGCCCUUUCAGAGUGUUUGAAGGCUUUCUUUGGCCUUAUUUUAGGAAGCGAAAGUUCUCUGCCGGAGUUUGAGCAGAUUCAGGUACCACAGUUGCGGUCCGAAACUUGUACCCAAGUGGCUAAAUCUUUGGCUGAAGCUUAUGAACUUAUUUACAAGGCGAUCAUGGAUCCGGAGAAUCAGUACCCGGAUCCCAAGUCCUUGGCUAGGCAUCCUCCCGAUCAGAUAAGGACCAUUUUAGGAAUUUAAGAUGCUAUUGUCGACAAAUUUUUCCUUAUUACUCAGGAUUUAAAACAUAGAUUCUACAGAGAGACAAAAAAAAAAAAAGGUUCUAUCUGUUCUCUCUUGACUCAUUGUAAUAUUUUUGUUGUACCCUGCCAAGAAAAUUUUCUUUUUCACGUUUUGUUGUUUAUAGUUCUUGGAACAGAUUUUCCCAUUUGCUAUUGUUCUUUGGGGACUGGUUUGGUGGGCUUGCUUAUGCAAUUGAAGAACAUGUCAAUGAUGCCGAGA